AUGAAUGUUGAGACAUUGUUUUUAUUAUCUGGAAUAUUCCUAUCGGUGCUCUGCCCAAUAACUGUGUUAGCAAACUCCUUUCUCCUGCUAGCAAUAUAUAAGGAUCCUCUUAAGACGUUCCAUGGUCCAACCGCUUGCUUUCUCAUCGCUUUGUCGAUCGUAGACCUCAUCUCGGGACUUGUCCCCGUGCCAAUGGUUAGUACCUGUUAUUUUGUUUUGUACAGAGGUCACCACAAACAGAUUCACUGCAACAAGAUUUUUGAAAUCGCAGGCAUAGUAGGUGCAAUCCUCACCAACUUAUCUUUUUUCAUCGUCUUGGCGUUCAGUUUGGUGCAGUACAUCGUAGUUGCCCACCCACUUAGAAGCAAGGAGUUAGUCACUACUCGUAAGACCCGAGCGCUCUUGGUAAUUACCUCGCUAUACGCUAUAUUGUUUGAGAUGACAAGGUACAUGGGCGUUCCUCUGGAUGUUUUAGAAAAGAUCGAUUUGCAUCUCCACUCUACAUUUUCGCUGCUGUUAACGAUCAUCAUUUAUAUGCUGCUUCAAAAGGCUUUUCGAAGACAGAUGGUUGGGAUCUCAGCAACGCUGACCACGGGUACUGAAUUGACUGAAGUGAGAGUAGAGCCGCAAGAGAGAAAAUCAGAAUCAAGUUCACAAAACGAGAAACAACAGAAACAACGCUUAAAAGUUCAGAGGCAAUGUGUUCGUCUUAAUCUGAUCAUCAUCAUAGUUCUGUUGGUGUGUUCUCAACCAUCGGCCCUCUUGUGGCACUUGUAUUUGUAUAGCGGCGAGAGUAUAAAGUAUAACCAGACGCUAUUUCAAAUUCGCGUUAUCGCCGAAAACACGCUUUACUUGAAAUUUCUUCUAGAUCCAUUUGUGUUCGCUUGGAGAAUACCCAGGUACCGCGAAACUUUGAGAAGAGCACUUUGCUGA